AGGUGUAGCGAGGAUGGCUUCUAAACGUAUGAUCCGUGAGUCCACCCUCACCAAACUCAGAGACAUCAGAGAGGAUGACAUCAACAUGUUCACCAACUUCAUUCAGAUGGAAGCCGUCCAAAAGCAUCUAGGGAGUUACAUGGAAAAGCUCAAGAAAAAAUAGAUUAUAAUUGUGUCCAAUUUCGAUAUUUGGUAAUUUACGUUGGUCCUCAGGUCAAAUCUUGGCUUUUUAUUUGUAUAUGUUAUUCAAAUUUGUUAACUUUAUUUGUCAUGAGAAAUCAUGAUGCUUAAAUUAUUUAAAGUUGAGCAGCAAGAAUUCCUUACACAUUGAUAUAUCCAUUAAAGGUAUUGUAUAUCGAGAAGCACAUGAUACUGGAAGCACCCUAUGAAUGUUAUGAAUUUUAUGAAUUAUCCACCCAUAAGCCAUAUUAUCAUGAUAUAAAAAAAUAUUUAAAAUUCUUUCUUGAUGUUUUGUUGACACAAAUACAAAUGGGAUUACAUGAUUUCCUUUAUGAUCAACUUUUAAUAAUUCAGAAAAGUUCUGUCACGCUAUAGCCACUUUGUACGGUGCCAUAUUCUAUGUCAUCAGGGACAUUGUUCUGUUUACAUUUCUUCAAUUUGUGGGAGAAUUACAUGUACAUGAAUUGCAUCAAAAACUGAUUGAUUGAAAUUUACAUUUUGUAUUGAUUAUAAUUGAUCAUAGAGGUGAAGGUGCAUUCAGUUUAAAUGUGCAUAACUAUUAUGGUUCGAAAUACACCUUACUGUUUGUUUGGAGCCAAAAGGGCAUUAAAUCACGUGUUUUUACGCAGAGUUAAUGCCCUUCUGGCUCUCUAAAGAUGAUAUGUCUGUGUUAUUGCUGUUAGCACUAUGAACAUGACGGACAAAGAAAGAGGACAAAAUAUACAGUUCCCCAUUCUACCCUCAACAAUUGCUGUGGUAGACAAAAGAACAUCCCUUCACUGCUAUUAUCAUGUAAAUAUGUGUAGAACAUGUAAAUAUGCAUUUGACACCUGUUCUACACAUUUUUACAUAAUAGCAGUGAAGGGAUGUUCCUUUGUCUACCACAGCAAUUGUUCAGGGUAGAAUAAGGAACUGUAUUUUGUCCUCUUUCUUUGUCCGUCAUAUUCAUAGUUUAGUCUUGGUUGAGAGUUUAUAGCAGGGUUUCGCAUUAUUUUUCAUGUUUGGUUUAUGAACCUGAUAAGGCAGUGUGAUGAUUCUGAUAUUCCAACAAUUUCAAAAUUCUUCGCCUUCUUUUUAUUGUGGAAUAAAGAAGGAGAAGAAGAAGAACAAAAAGUGUGGCCAGUUUCUUCUUCAAAAUGAACAUUGCAAAUUCCUGACCAAUAAGGUGCCCACUAAGGAUACAGAUGCAAAAUUUGCUUAAUUAACUUAAUAAGUUUUCUUCAGAGUCCCUAGGUACCUAUGACUUUCCUCUCUUUACAUGAACUUUUGUGUCUGCAUAAACGAAAGGGAAAGCUGAUAGCAUGAGGUGACACUCCCUCGCAAAGAUGAUUUCACAUGAGAGCUUAUGUCCUCUGGCUGAAUAUCAAUUUUCCAGUUUCUAAAUUUUGUAAGCGAGCUAUUAAAGCAAGUAAGCAAAAGUGUUGACACCUAAUUACAGGGAAAUGAUUUUUCAUCUAGAAAUAUGAAAUUAUAUGUUAACUACAAUAAGACUACACGACUGUCCUUGGAUGCACAAAUAUUGGUAAUUCCAGAAGCGGUGGAAAAAUACUUCUGAAACAUCUGUUUUUUUGUUCCUUUAAUUUCAAACGUGGGCUAUGACUGCGAGAGCUGAUUUCUGGAGGUUGAUUAUGAUAUAAUGUAUCUUAUAUGACUCCAAACCUAUGACAAUUUAAUAAAGAGAUUUAUUGCAAAGCAAACA